AUGCUGCUAGCGUUUGCUGGCGUUGGGCUCUCCCAAAGUUCGGGGACCAGCAGCAGCACAAUCGACUUGUCAUGGCAUCCUCCAAAGCAAACCCAAAUCAACAACAUCACAGCUGUGAUGGCUGGCAAGGGUGUAUAUGGGUUUAUUUACAACUCAUCCGACACCCCAAACGACAGAUACGGGACGUAUAACUGGUGCAACAUGCCGCAUGUGAGGAAGAAGGAGUACGUCAAGGCGCCUUCGGAGUACGACCUUGUAUAUGUUGAGUUGAUCCACCGCCACCACAAGCGCACACCAUACUCAUCAAACGCCUUCCCCGUGGAACCGUAUCAAUGGAACUGUGACGACCAGGGCCUGUACUACUACGGCGAACCCUUCCGAGGACACAACAAAGCCACACCGGCCUACUGGCAGGGUUAUACCUCCCCUACCAAUCCGUUCGUCCCCUCAGGCUGGAUCGGCACUUGCCAGUUUCCCCAGAUCACGUCAGGGGGUCUCUCCGACUCCUGGCAGCACGGCGCCGACCUGUACGAAGUCUACCACGACCUCCUCCGUUUCCUCCCGGCCCGUCACGACUCGAAAUGGCGCCGUAAAGUCGCCUUCCGCGUCACGCACAACGCCAUCACCUCCCAGGUGGCGGGCAUGCUGAUCCACGGCAUGUUCCGCACCACCGACGCCGUCCCGCUUCUCGUUCAGGCCGAGACGGUCGACUCUCUGGAGCCCAAAUACUCGUGCCCCGCCGCCAGGACGCUCUUUAACGGCCUCACCUCCCCCGCUGGCAACACCGCCUGGCGGGACCACCUCGACAGGGCCAAACAGCUGUACGCCGACCUGGAUGCCCUAUCAGGCGUGCCGCCGAGCGAUUCGGGCUUUCACGCUUCCUUUGACCACUACUACGACAACCUCUCGGCGCGGCAGUGCCAUCAGCUGCCGCUGCCCUGCAAAGUCGGCGGCGGAGAGGGGGAGUGUGUCACGCAGGACAUGGCCGAGGCCGUCUACCGGCUGGGCCACUGGGAGUACUCGCACAUGUACCGGUCCGAGCAGGCGUCGCUGGACGCGUCGGUCGCGUCGUUUGGUGUGUGGGUCGCCGAGCUGGCGGCGCAUCUUCGCGGUGCCAUCGGAGACGGUGAUGGUAAUGCGGGGAAGAUCUACUGGCAUAAUAUUGCUCAUGACGGGUCGGUUAGCAGGUUGCUUUCUGUGUUGCAGAUUGAGGAGAUGGUCUGGCCUGGCAUGGGUAGUGAGGUUGUCUUUGAGCUGUUUAGGAAGAAGAAGGGGAAGGAUGCGGGGCGGUAUUUCGUGAGGGUCUUGUUUGGCGGGCGGGUGCUGAGGUCGAGCAGCCCGACUUUGGGCGUCAUGGAUAUGGUGCCUGUUGAGGCUGUGUUGGGGUAUUUUGAUGGGUUGGUAGGGAAGGGGGCGGCGGCGGUGAAGGGGAAGUGCGGGAGUUGA